AUCGAAAAAAAAGCAAAAAAAAAACUUGAGCUCACAUCCAAAUUUGUUGUUAAGGCAUUUUUUUUUGGGUGACAUUGGCGACUGGCAACUGACUGGCAACAAACAAAAAAUGGCGCUGUCUAAGCGUCCGCUUAGCAAGGAGACGCCCUUGGUUGACAGCAGCAGCAGCAACAACAGCAACAGCAGCAGCAACAACAACAACACUGAGCAUGAGACGGCGAUCAAGCGACGCAAACGCUGCAGUCGCGACGAUGAAUUUGCUGUCAGCAACAACAACAACAACAACAAUAGUGUUAACAACAACAACAACAACAACAACAUGUUGCCACAGAAGAAGCGACAAUUGUGUAAAGCAACAAUCGGCGACAGUCCAGCAAAGACAACAGCAACCACAACGGUUGCUGGCGUGCAACAGCAACCACAACCACAGCAACCACAGCAGCAACUUCAGAUGGAUGCCGCCGAGCAGGACGAUGAGACGCUGAUACGUGAGACGCAGGCGGCGCUAAAAAGUUUAUCGGGCAGUUGGCCAGAUGCGCGAACGAAUUUGUAUCGAUUGCAGGAUCAGGAAGAUGAGAAUCCGCCGCCGUUUCAGAAUCUGUUUGAGGAGAAGCAAAAGUACGAAUCAAACAACAACAACAACAACAUGAAUACGAACAUGAACAACAAUCACGAACACGAACACAACAACAACAACAACCAUAACAAUGAAUAUUUCGAUGAGAACAAUUCAACAACACACACAACACUUUUGCUACGUUUCCACAGGCAAAAGGAGAACGAUCAGGCGCGUCUCAAUGCAUAUCCACCUCCACCUCCUCCACCCCCCCACCACCAACAUCAUCAUCAUCACCAUCAUCUGCAUCCGUAUGCUCAGCAACAGCAGCAGCAGCAGCAACCACUUCAACAGCAACAGCAACCACUCAAAAAGGAUCCGCUCGAUGUUGCUGCUGCUGUCUACGCUGCUCAAGCGACGUCCGCUUUCAAGCCGCCCAUCGACAUCAUCAAACGCAACGGACAAUUGGCUGCUCAAGCUCACGCUCAGGCUCAGGCUCAAGCUCAGGUUCAAGCUCAAGCUCAGGCUUAUGCUCAGUACACGUCGAGUGCUUACAAUGCUGCCGAAGCGUAUUAUGGCUAUGCGGCAGCAGCAGCUGCGAGCAGCAACAGCAGCAGCAACAACAACAACUUUGAGCUCGCCUCGCCCACAGAUAAAAAGGGCACGGCCACGCCCACCAAAGAGGAGCUGUUGCUCGAUGCCAAACAGUAUACGAUAUUGCAGCCAGCGGGCGUCGGGAGUCGAGCUGCCUCCGUCAUGCAGGACAUUGCGCGCGAGGGCGUUGUGGGCGUGCCCCUGGUGGCAACACCGCCAAGCACAGCAGCAACAGCAGCAACCACGACAGCCACAACAGCAGCCACAACAGCAGCAACCACCAGCACACCAACAGAUCCAGCAGCAGCAGCAACCACAACACCGACAGCAGCAACAGUUGCAGCCACGCCUACGCCGAGUUAUUCGCCGAGCAGUCAGCAUCGCGUGCUGGCGUUGCACGAACAGAUCCUGAAAUGCCCCACGCCCGGCUGCAACGGACGAGGCCACGUUCAGCCGCAUCGCAGUGUGCAUCGCAGUUUGUCCGGCUGCCCGAGGGCGAUCAGACGCCACACGGCGAGUCGUCGGCAGUCGACACAGCAGCCGCACUCAGCGCGUCCUGGAGAACUGGAGAAGCAUGAAAAGGAGCUGCAUCCGCUGGACAAACUCAAGCUCACCUCAACUCACUAUCUAAACAACAACAACAAUAACAACAACAACAACAGCAGCAGUUGUAUCAACAACAACAACAGCAACAUCAAGACGAUGCCCAUUAUUAAAUCGGAAUAUAGUCCGGUGGCCAGCAUCAAAUCGGAGUAUAACAAAAGUCCCAUGCACUCGUAUUUGACUAACGAUGCUGCCUCGGCGGCAGCAUCAGCGAUACCCAACAGCGCCAACAGCGCACGCGGCAGCAACAACAACAACAACAACACCAGCAACGGCAACAACAACGGCAACAACAGCAGCAAUGUUGCUGCCAGCAAUGGAGUUGCCAGCGAACCGCAUUUGAGUCGCUACGUUGGCCUCCACAGUCCACAGCCACAGCAUCCACAUGCCCACCACCAACAACAGCAACAGCAGCAACAACAGCAACAACAGCAGCAGCAACAACAACAGCAGCAGCAGCAGCAACAUACGCUGCAUCAGCAACGCGGACCUUUCAUCGAAGGCAAUGCCAGUCAAAUCGAUCCCACAGAUGCAGCCAGCUACCACAGCGAACAUCAGCAACAACAGCAGCAACAGGCUGAUGAACGACAGCAACAAUACGAACAGAUGCGAUAUGCACAAAGUGUUGGCCAUGGCUUAGCAACCAGCGAUGCCUCCGCCGAACAGCAACAGCAGCAACAGUUGCUGGCAAGCAAUGCCAGCAGCAGCGAAUUGUCGCCACGCAGCCACGCCUACGAUCCUCACACAACGCAUCCGCAUCCGCACUCGCAUCCACAUCCGCAUCCACAUCCACAUCCGCCCACCUCGAGUGUGGCGCCUGUGUUCGUUGGCCUUGGCAUCGGAGAUUCGGUGUCCACCGGCGGGAGUUCGACUGGCUUCGAGCGUUACGAUCCGAAUUGCGGACAGCAGCGACAGGCGAACGCAACAGCAGCAGCAGCUGCUGCUGCCGCGGCGGCAGCAACAGCGGCGUCGGCCACGCCCACGAAUAUGUAUCACUAUUUGCCACAGAGUGCGGACGAUUUGCAGGUGCAGCAGCAAAAGUAUCUGCAGGAGCAACAGUUGCUGAUGGCCAAGGCCGAGCACGAGGAGGUCGCCAAUGGAGGAGGCGGUGGUCCAAUUUAUCCCCGUCCCAUGUAUCAUUAUGAUCCGACGAUGGGUCCAUUGCCCCCCGGCUUCUCCGCCAUCAAUUUGUCCGUCAAAAUGGCCGCUGCUCAGGCGGCGGCUGCAGCGGCUGCCUAUCAAAACCAGCAGCAACAGCAGCAGCAGCAGCAGCAACAGCAGCAACAACAGCAGCAGCAGCAGCAACAACAUCACCAGCAACAACAGCAGCAGCAACAGCAGCAACAUAGCAAACAGAGCAGUUCGCCUACGCCGAAUGUGGGCGUGGCAGCGCCAGCUGUCGACCUGUCGGGCGCCACAUCGGUGACGUCAUCGAGCCCACACGGUUUCAACUCGCCCGCAUCGCACAACCAAUACAACAACCAGCGCAUGGGCAACGGAAGUCCACAGCCUGGAGCCAGUCCCAACAUUGCCAGCCCCCAAGUGCCCAGUCCGCAGGGUCAAACGCUGGACUUGAGCGUCACCCGUUUGCCGCACAGCAUCAUCACGAGUCCACAGUACGGAGCCGACGGCCUUGUCGUGGGUCACGGCCAAGGCUUUGGCAGUGCUGCCCCCGGUUCAAUUGGACCAAACGGACCGCCGCGAUCACCGCAAAUGGAGCCAGUGGACUUUAGUGGACCCCCGCGUCCCCUUGGCUUCGGCCUCGUGGGUCACAUAAGUGGACCACGCCCCUACAGUCGCGAAUCGACGCCCGACAGCGGCGGCUCCCACUACAUCGAAACGUAUCGGGAUCCCAGUGGUUAUUCGCCUCAUCCUGGUUAUGGGAUGGUUGUGCAAUCAGAUUAUCCACCAGCCGGCUAUCAUGGCUACGGACCGGCGGCCUAUCAAUGCAGCAAUCCGUAUGCGACAGCCGUCGGACCCGGCGGCUAUCCGACUCCCGUCUCCGGCGGCUAUUCGCCCAGUCCGGCCACCUGCUACUCCAUGCCACCGCCACAGCACAUACCGCAGCACGACAAGACCAAAGAUGGUUUGACCGGUUGCUCGCGUUCGGAUCGCAAUCAUCUGCAAUCGCACUCGCAGGAGCUGAAGUGCCCGACACCCGGUUGCGAUGGCUCUGGCCACGUGACUGGCAACUAUUCCUCACAUCGCAGCCUCUCCGGUUGUCCGCGAGCCAACAAACCGAAGAGCAAGCCCCGCGAUGGCCAGGACUCUGAGCCGUUGCGUUGCCCCAUCCCAGGCUGCGAUGGCUCCGGACAUUCCACCGGCAAAUUCCUCUCACACCGAAGUGCAUCUGGCUGUCCCAUUGCCAAUCGCAACAAGAUGCGCGUCCUCGAAGCCGGCGGCACUGUGGAACAGCACAAGGCAGCGGUGGCAGCGGCAACAGCCAUGAAAUUCGAUGCUUGCACUACAGUGGGCAGUCAGGGCAUCAAGAAACCCAAGUUCGAUGAGGUGACCAUGGUUUAUCCCAAAGGCUAUACAGGUGGCGCUGGACUCGACAUUGUUAUGGGCGGCGUUGGCGUCGGCGUUCCGCUGCCGCCAGGCAUUAACAACAGCACUGUUGGCGUUGGCGUCGGUGUUGGCGUCGGCGUCGGCGUUGGCAGCGUGCAAGGCGAUAAGACAACAGUGAGUGUGAGCGGCGGCAGCGAUGAUCUGAAUACGCUGGAAGCGGAAAUAUCGGAACUGCAGCGUGAGAAUGCACGCGUUGAAUCGCAAAUGAUGCGAUUAAAGUCGGACAUCAAUGCGAUGGAAUCGCAGCUGAGCACCAGCGAUCGGGAGGCUUCUCCACUGAGUGCGCAUCAGCAGCAGCAGCAGCAACAACAACAGCAGCAACAACAACAGCAACGUGCAGCUUCGUUGGCCUCGCCCAGCGGCCAGUCACCCUUUGCCGGCGUCUCCUCCACCACCUCCUCGAAUGCCAAUGCCAAUCCCAACAAUCCAUCCAACAACAACAACAACGAGAGCAACAACAACUCGGAUCUGGUGCAUGUGGCAAGCGCUGAUGCAGCUGCAGCAUCGACUGCGCCCAAUGCGAAUCUCAACAAUUAUUACGAGAGUCUGCGCAACAAUGUCAUCACAUUGCUGGAGCAUGUGCGUCUGCCACCGCCACCGCAGCCGCCACCGCCGAGCAUCACAGCAGCAGCAGCAGCAGCAACCACAGCAUCGGCCACCUCCGACAAUGGCUGUGGAGGAGGAGGGAUGGGAGUUGUCGGAGUUGUCUCGGCCACCGAUCAUCAUCAGCAUCAUCAUGCUGCCGCUGCGGCAGCUUAUUCGACGCUCUUGCCACCGCCACCGCCGCCACCACCGCACUCCGUAUCCGUUUCGGUCUCCACGUCAGCUGUCUCAACCACGCCCAUGUAUGGAGGCGGAGGCGGCGGUGGUCAGCAGGGAACGGGAACGGGGCAACCACCAGCAACAACAACAACAGCGGCGCCACCGCCACCGCAUCAUGCGUACACGGUGCAUCAUCCACAUGGCGGCUAUCCGCAUCCACAUGGCGCACAUCCGCAUCCACAUGCGCAUCCCCAUGCGCAUCCGCAUCCACAUCACCCGCAUCCGCAUCCACAUCCGCAUCCCCACGAACACUUCGAUUCGUACAUCUCCAAGCUGCAGUCGCUCUGCGUUCCGCCCGAUGUCUAUGCGCUGCCCGAGGAUGCGGGACGCACAGUCUACAACUCCGUGAAGCCGAGCAUGCAUCAGGACUACGGCAAGCUGAUGCCCACGCCCAUUUAAGGCGGGUGGGUGCCUUCUAUGGUAUUUUAUGCAAAUUAUGGUAUUUUAAUCAAGAAUUGGUAUUUGUUUUAAAUGUUGGUAUUUUAUUCACGUGUUGGUAUUUUAU